CCGUAGCCUAUGUAGAAAUUGCGGACAAAAUAUUUUUAUUUCGCUGAUAGUCUUACCUCACAGCCAGCAAUACAGGAUAGCUGUAAAACGUCGAAAUGGAUUAUCAUCCUUACCUAACUAAUGAUUGCCUAAUUCACAUUUUCUCUUUUUUUAAAGAAGAUGACUUAAUUCGAGCAUCAAGUGUCUGUAAGGAAUGGCAAGAAGCAGCAGAAACACCUUGGUUGUGGCGAGAAAUGUGUCUGCAGCGUUGGGGUUUCUGUAACAUUGCGGUGCUGGGCUCUGAACAUGGGAAGCAGGCUUGGAAGAGCUACUUCCUGCGUCGCUCUCACCUGGAGCUGAAGAUGACCAAGGGCAGGUCCGGAGGGGACUACACCUGUAAAAGCUUGAGGGGACACACAGGCAGGGUGGUUGGGUGUGUGUACCUGUCAGGGAACUCUCCCCAGCUCCCUGACUUCUGGAGCUCCACCCCUACUGUCUGCAGUUCAUCCUCAGAUGGUACAGUCCGUGCCUGGGAUGUCCAGCAGGGGGUACAGCUGUGGUGCAGCCCUGUUCAGAGUCCUCUGACUGGGAUGGUAGCUGACGGUGGGCAUGGUGGGGUCAUCACGUCAGAUUCCACAGGGCUGCUCAAAGCCUGGGAUGGUCAGAGUGGACAGGAGAUGUCCUUCUACUCCUCAGCAUCCCCACAGUGCACCUUACUGCCCUACAGUAUGGAAGGCAGCUCUUUUCUCUCAGUGGGGACCAGUCAAGGCUCUGUCCAUACUCUGACUAGCCCCUCACUGUCAAAGCUGUCCACUCUGGUGGUGUGUGACACAUUCAAAGUAAACCUACUCCUGGCAUCGCCAGACAAGAAAUGGAUCCUAGCUGGAACUACAGGGAAUAUGGAUAUGAGUCCAAAGGUGUUGUCCAGUCAGAGUGUGACGUGUCCCUCUGAGGAGGAGGAUCCUCUGUGCCAGUGUCUGCCUGUCUCAGGCUGUAGUGCUGCUGCCUUCCUGCCCUCACAGCCAGCCAGACUGGCCACGGUCCACUGCAAGGAAAACUCGCACUCAAACUCGCAUCACAACAAGGUCCUCUCUGUGUUCGACGUCAUCAUAAAAAAGACCAGAUUCAAGACAAAGAUCCAGGUUGAGCAGAUGGAGAAAUUUGAGUUGGUAUUUGAGGGCAGGACUUCGGACAUCCUUCUGGAAGGCAAGGGAAGCAGCACUCUGGUUGUAGCUGCUCACAGAGAGCUGAAGGUCUACACUGUGAAAGGAGAACUCAUCUGUAGCUUCAAGGACCAUACUGAACCUAUCUGCUCUAUUUGUGUGGAUAGUUUCCGUGUAGUCACUGCUUCUCGGGACCUGUCCUUAAGAGUGCUGACGUGGAAAACUGACAGAGACAAAGGGCUCACACUGGAAAGUCGAUACCACUUAUUGGGAGGCUCUCACUCCAUGUCCAGAGGGUUCAGUUAUGUGGUUUGUGACUACUCAACCAUUGUGGCUUCAGUGGAAGCAGUGGAUGGGAAGGAUGUCCUGAAGGCCUACUCUUUCAACUCCUGAGCAACACUGUCCUCUAGGAGGACUUCGCAGACCAGCAUGACAGUGGACAGCCAUCUUCCCCUCCUGCAUCGCAAAGGACAUGACCUUCACCAUGUCCAGGAUGGAUGCGAGGGAGGCCACCCCAUAGUCAUUCCAACCAAAGUUGUAGAAAUAUACUGGAAUAUAAGGACAGUCAUUAUUCAACCAUUCACACAGUAAAUUUGCAUUGGCCCCCUUCAGUUUUUCUCAUUGUAGAGGAAUGGUCAUAGACUUACUGUUGUUCUCCAUGAAGACCUCAGGUUGGUAGGAGAAUCCACUCUCUGAUUCCAGUCCAUUGGGACCACAGCUGGCGUGUUCCCCAGGUCUCUGCAGGUUUAUCACUGUCUUCAGGCCACAUCUACACACAAUUAAUAACACAUCAAUUCAUUUAUUUGAUCUAUACUAGGAGCAUUGAAUUGACUUAUGGUGACAGCAAACCCUGAAAUAAAAUAUAGUGUUACCUUUUAAAUUGGUCAAUAAUGUUGUACUUUUCUAUUAAUACAGUAGAUGGUCUGGCCAUGGCAAGUAGGUUUUCCGUGACCCUGAAAGGAAAGACAUGUUUCUGCAUUAAACUUACGGGUAUAAUCCACUUACAUUCAACAUACACAUUUUUAUAGAGCCUUUCUGAUUCCUACCAGGAGGAGUAAAGGCCUUUGAUGGCUUGCUUGUCCUUGCUCCAGCGGUCAGGGUUCUCAUACUUGCAGUUCUGACCUCCACACCCUAUGGAGCAUUGUGUGGCUCCAGGGAUGACGUGACGUAUCACCUCCCCCACCAACGUGUACUUCGACUGGGGUGUCCUGACUGGGGGUACGCAUGGAGGGUUGGAGGGUUUAAAAGGAGACAGGAGGGGUGUUGUGAAACAAUGUCCUCUGUCAUUUCAACCAGCUGACCUCAGCAGUUUACAUUCAGAAUUAUAUUUUAUGUUGCAGUCUGGAAAGAACUGAUACUUCAAUGGACUACCAUACAUGUAAGUUUGACUAGUGGAGCCCAAUCAAUGUAAUAAAGCGUACACUAGUGUGUCUUCUUACAGAAACAAACUGGAGUGACAAUAUCUGUGAUUAGCACAUUGUAAAGAAGUGGUGUCAAGCUUAACUAAGAGAUGUUCCUGAUGUAAAGAAGUAGUGUCAAGCUUAACUAUGAGAUGUUCCUGAUGUAAAGAAGUAGUGUCAAGCUUAACUAUGAGAUGUUCCUAAUGUAAAGAAGUAGUGUUAAGUUUAACUGAGCUGUUCACAUUGUAAAGAAGUAGUGUCAAGCUUAACUUUGAGGUGUUCAGCAGCAAGCUAAUCUGUCAUCUGGCACACACCACCAGGCUUAACAGUAUUACAAUAAAAAUAGCAACGCAACACCCUGUUGAACCUUUCUUCAAAUAGAUUGAUAAAUCAUAUUAGUUAACGGUACUAUAUGAUCCUUUAUGUUAGAAAUGUGAGUAAUGAUGUAGUAUAUUAAUACCUGACUCCAUGAGGGGGUAGGGGACUCCACUGCUUGUCUGAGGGUGGAGUGUUGUGUGACUGAAUACUCAAGCAGACCUCCACUGCCAUGGCAGUGCCUUGGGACACACACUCACGUUAGUCUAAGAUAAAACCUCAUUUACAUUUCAUAAUAGUGUGGUAGGUCCUUAUAUUGAUCAGUGUACGAGGCUACAUUGUAAAAAACAUACUGGAAGCAGUUACCUACCUGUAAGUUACUGUAAAAACAAGUACAGUAUGUUACUGUAAAUUCCAAAGAAAGCACUUCUUUACAGUAAUGUACUUUUAAACCAAGGUUUAUUUGUAAUUUACGGUAACAUACUGUACUUUUUUUUACAGUAAUUUACAGAACUGUCUGCCAGUAACUUACUGUAAAAACAUGUGUGUGUGUUUUUACAGUGUACAAACAUAACCAGAGAGCAGUGUCAGCUGUCAAAGAUGAAAAUCCAUGAUGACCUAGGUGACAUCAACCAUUAAAAUCCAUAAUGUAAUAAUCCAUUUAGGAAUUGGAACACAGCAACCUCCCAAUAAGGUAUCCUCAGCACGUUUACCUGAAGCAGAAAGAUUGUGGAGCUAGUGAUCGUCAGCAUCUUCAGACAUCAACAUAAAACUACUCCACUUUCCCACUUUGGACCACUUGACACAGCAAUGUCCUCAAAUGCUUUCUUUCUCAGUUUUGGUAGUCCUGCACCACCUCGGGUCUUCAGUUAAUUCAGUCCAGAUUAUUUUUGUAAAUUAGGGGUGUGGCAACAACAUCAUCCACUUCAUCCUUUAUGUUCACCAGGAACAGGCAUUUUGCUUCAGCCAUAGGAAUACAGAACCCUGGCCUGGCCUCCACUGUGAGGUGUCAGAGAAAGGAGGACCAUCAGAGGUGUAGGUUCAUCUGUAGCAUGGCUCUGAAUGGUAACACACCUCAUUGGAUGCUCCUUCUCACUCCUUAUUCAUUAGACAUGCACUGCACCUAGAUCCAUUCCUGACUCCUCCCUCCGGAUUAACCCACUAAUCUCAUUGCUGUAGAAAGUAGGCUCAAGAGGCAAAGGCCCCCGUGGCCACUUCACCUCACAGUAGAGCAAAAAUUACUGAUCAUCUCUGACCAUCUGUUUGAACUCCCUUCAGUUGAUAACCACAACGAGAUACUAUUUGUUUGAAAUUUCAUUACUGGCUCCGGAUCAAUCAGCUAGGGAUAUCAUGUGAUCAGAAAUCAAUACAUUCAAUUUCACCUCGGUCCAAAUGGAUAAAUUCCCCAAACAAUACAAAUAAUUAUUUUAUAGGGGCCAGUCAUCCCUUUCCCCAUUGAGAGGACAAAAUCCCUCUCUGCCUUACAGUAUCCAGAGGACUGACUACUGCAAUGUGUGUUAGAUACCAAACAUGGGUGCAAUAGUGUUAUUCUGAGAACUUGGAUGUCAUCUAUAUGGAUAUGUAAGGUUUAAUAUGCUGUAUGUCUGUGGCCAUCUGUAUUCUGUUCAGAGUAAACCUGUAUUGUACUCAGAUUUCCCUCUCAGGCCAUCACGCUAAGGUGUGACCCCCUUCCUAGGAAUGUUAGCUGGUUUGAUCUGAUUGGCUAUCAUAGUUGUAUUACUUCUGAUUUGGUCUGUGGUUGAUCAACAACUGAUUUCAAAUACAAACAGGUCACAUGAUAUAAAAGUACUGAUUGACCAUUGUUCUGUCUCUUUUUGCUCUUGUCCACUAUAUGGAAAAGGUUGUAUGUAAAAUGCUCCCCACUACAAUACCAAAAUAUUAAUUGUAAUCUCAUGGAAUCAUUCAGGGUGCUAUGCUGUACUGUAUAUAUAUAUAUAUAUGUUCAAGUUACAAUACAUUUGUUUGUUUGUUGAUCUGAAUAACAACCUAACUGAAGCAGCUAUCAUUAACUGUGACAUCCAGUCUCAGAUACUGCAGAGUAGCCUGAAUGACAUAGGAAGCACUGUCAAGUUAGCUCCUGAUUGGAUUACCUGAGGUACGUGAAAGCUGAUUAUGUAUACAUCCACUAAGAAGGAAAGAAGUAAAAGAUAUGACGCUGAUUUAUCUUUGGCCACUCUUUAACGACUCCACAAUUAAUGGUAAUUGGGUCUCCUUAAUUGGAAGAGAAAGUGUUACCUCAGGUUUCCUUGAGGUCCCUCUGGUAAAGUAGAACCUUCUGGUAUGGUAGAACGUGUUGCCAAAUGGCUUUCACAACAGAUGAUUCAUGAAUGUGUGACAGGAUCAGGGGGCUCAAUUGAUGAGAAGGAUCUAAGUUAAUAUCUAAGCUUAGUAUUUCAGUCUUGUUGGAUCCUCUGGGGACACAAUGCACCAUUGUGCAGGUCUGUGCCAUUACACAUCACCUCAUUUAAAGUGUGACCAAAUACCACUACUUUUCUGCUUAGUUGUACACUCUUUUGUACAGAUAUCUAAUUGUGUAGGAGUCUUACAGUCUUACAUAAAGAGGGUGAUACAUGACCUCUGGGUGAGAGAAUGCUGUUGAGAAGAUUACCCUGGCCUGAUUGAGUGAGAUCACAGCUGCCCAGGGAUAGACACUAACUAAAUUAACAUCUAUAAACAACUUAUAGUCCCCACCGCUAGACACUUCAUAUAGACCUGUUUUGAUAGGUAAACAAAAUGGUAAUACCAGUUUAGUCACCUCAUGGUUAGUGUCCACCCUUAGAUGGAUGGGGAAUCAAUCCCCGGUUGAGUCAUACCAAAGAUUAUCAAAAUGAUGCCCCAUUAAGGCCCUGCGACACACUAGCGCCAUGUCCAGGUGGUAAACUUGUACAUCAAGCUGCCUAGCGUUACAUAAACAGGAUCCUUUCCUAUGGUCCAGUCUGGCUCAGAGAAGACUACGAAAAGCCAUGUUCACAUUGGCAGUUUGAAGUGACUUAUCCUAUUUAUUUGUAUAUCCGAUUUGAAUCUGUUCUUUUUCCUGCAGUCUGAACAGCUAAAAAUCACAUGGACUCUGAUAUUUCAAGCCACAUUUCAAACCACCUUCGUAGGUGGUUUGAAAUCAGAUUCCUGGUCAUGUGACUUGUCUGAAGGGUCAAAUCUGAUUUAUUUGCCCUCAAGUGGUUUUUAGACUGUUAUUUGGUGUAUCUUGCUAGCUACACGGUUCACAGUUUUACAAUAACCUGUGGUAGCUAACUAGCUUGUUAUUUGUUUGCAAACAAAUGAGUGAAUGUGCUAGAAAAGCUAAAACAGCUACGUAGCUCACUAGUUGACUGCUGUGGCUAGCCAAACAGGAUUUAUUUGGACAUUGGGAUCAUCUUAUCCUUUAAAAGUGUUCUUACACUAUGAUUUAGAAAAUUCUAUGCAACUGGAAAACGUCAGGCAUUGUUGUCUCCUUCGCCACCACCAAUCAGCCUACAACACUGCGCACACACCUGUCGUUACAACUAGCGUAGCCAUGUCAGCAAAUGACUGCUAUCUGAACACAGAAAUAUGAUUUGGUCACUUGCAACUUGCUGUUUGGACAGUCAGUAGUCCAAAACAGAUUUGAAAAACAAAACUGAUGAGCAUUAAGGCCUGCAGUGUGAACAAGGCUGUACUUACUUAAAACAAAAUGGUAGUAGCUCCAUUCUACCCUCCGAUACCCUAGGAGAGGGGAUAUUUGCCAUAGACAAGGUUUACACUUGUUGCAUGUAGAGGAGAAAAUGUUGACCUGAUGGCUCCAUCACCUGGCUACAAAUGGCAGUGAUGGGCAAAGAUUCCAGCGCGGUAUAAUAUAAUGAAUCCUCACCU